GCCGGGAGAGGCAACCGCCGAACGGGCUUCGCGGAACCCGGCGCCUGUAGGAGGAGGGGAGGAGAUCAGAAGGUCCCCUUCAAGGCUCUUGGCUUUGUGGACUGCUAUAGGAAGACAACUGUUAAGAGUCAGGAGCACCUGAGACCCAUGUUUCUAUGGAUCCAUGUCCAGUUCAGCUGCACCAAUCUGCACUGCUCAGUGUCACUGCUGCUGAUGGACUUGUCCAGGGAGCGGUGAACAUAUGUUGCUAAUGAAAAUAUUCUGUUUUCCCCAAAUCACUGAAAACUUUCCCUUGUGCAACUAAUGCAACACUUGCAGUUGUGAUAAGAGAUUGAACAAGAUGACAUGGGUUCCACUUUUGACCUGUCAUCUCAACUGUGAUGAGCAGAUUUGUGCCUGCGAUGGAUGCCUGUGGUAUUAACAUGCACUGAAGAAAAGAUGGAGUUUUUCAUAAUGUGAAGAGGCUAAGAAUGAAGAAAACAGAAAAGCGUGACAACAAAAAUAAUUCACAGUGUUCUCUUACUGAUAGACCUUCUUGCCUGUGUUGUAAAGAUCUUUGGCUGAGAUGGAUGACAAAGAUAUUAACAAAGAACUGAGGCAGAAAUUAAGCUUUUCCCAUUGCGAAGAACAGACUGAGGAUGAAGAGCAGAAGAAAGCACAGGAGGGUGGGGAAGCCCAGAGCCAAACCCCAGAGAAGUGUGAAGCUCAGGAUUCAGAGGCAAAGUUUACACUGUCCAGGACUCCCCUUGGUAACAUACGUGAACUCGACACAUCUCAGGAAGAAGACAAAGGAAGUCCAGAUCAGAUUUUGAGGACCCCAGUGUCAGAUCCUCUCAAACGCCCUGAGACCCCAGAACAACCAGGCAGCAGCAGCGAGCAGGUGCAUGGUGACGGCCCCUCUACUCCCAAAAGCUGGCCCAGCCAACUGAUGACUUCUUCAACAGGGAAGAUCCCCUCCCGAGGAUCUAAGCAUUUGAGGCUCACGCCUGUUUCCCUCAUGAGUGAGACCUCAUCAACUCUGGUCAAUAUUAAUCCCUUUACCCCAGAGUCCUAUAGAAAAUUACUCUUUCAAUCCAGUGGCAAGAGGAAAACCCGAGGAGAUCUCGAGGAAGCUGGUCCAGAGGAAGGCAAGGUAGGACAGGGCCUGCCUGCCAAGAGAUGUGUUCUCCGAGAAACCAACAUGGCUUCCCGCUAUAAAAAAGAAUUCUUGGAAUUAGAAAAAAUUGGGGUUGGGGAAUUUGGUACAGUCUACAAGUGCAUUAAGAGGCUGGAUGGAUGUGUUUAUGCAAUAAAGCGCUCCACAAAACCUUUUGCAGCAUUAUCAAAUGAAAACGUGGCUUUGCAUGAAGUUUACGCUCAUGCAGUGCUUGGGCAUCACCCCCACGUGGUACGUUACUACUCUGCAUGGGCAGAAGAUGACUACAUGAUCAUUCAGAAUGAAUAUUGCAAUGGUGGGAGCUUGCAAGCUGCUAUAUCUGAAAACACUAAGUCUGGUAAUCAUUUCCAGGAGCCAAAACUCAAGGACAUCCUUCUACAGAUUUCCCUUGGACUCAAGUACAUCCACAACUCAGGCAUGGUGCACCUGGACAUCAAACCUAGUAACAUCUUCAUUUGUUACAAGAUACAAAGUGAGUCUCCUGGAGUCCCAGAAGAGAUUGAAAAUGAAGCUGACUGGUUUCUCUCUGCCAAUGUGAUGUAUAAAAUUGGUGACUUGGGCCAUGUGACAUCAAUAAGUAAACCUAAAGUGGAAGAAGGAGAUAUUCGCUUCCUGGCUAAUGAAAUUUUGCAAGAGGAUUACCAGCACCUUCCCAAAGCAGACAUAUUUGCCUUGGGAUUAACGAUUGCAGUGGCUGCAGGAGCAGAGUCGUUACCCGCCAAUGGUGCUGCGUGGCAUCACAUCCGUGAGGGGAAAGUUCCUGACAUUCCUCAGGAGCUCUCGGGGAACUUUUACAACCUGCUCAAGAGCAUGAUCCACCCUGAUCCAAAGGAGAGACCUUCUGCAGUAGCUCUGGCCAGAAAUCGAGUUCUUCGGCCCUCCGUGGGGAAAGCAGAAGAGCUCCAGCAGCAGCUGAACUUGGAGAAGUUCAAGACUGCUGCAUUGACAAGGGAACUGAGAAAAGCCCAGCAGGCCCAGUCCCCACAGGAAGACACCCAGGAUGGUGACUCUGGGGUCUCUGGGGCCCACACAGGAUCGAGAAGCACAAAACGCCUGGUGGGAAGAAAGAGUGUGAAGUCUUCAAGUUUUACCUGUGGGAAAUCUUCCCCAUAAGAAAUCAUUGCACACCAUUUAGCCUUUCACUGUAUGGCCUCUAGAAAUAGAUAUUAACUGUCCCAAACUUUCUUUUAUAAAACGAAAACAUUAACCUACUUGAAUGCCCAAAUAUUUCAAAAGCCACUCUCCUAAUUUAGCAUUUACAGCCAAGAUCCAAAAGCUGCUAAGGCUUCCUAUUAGUGAUGGUCCUAGGUACAAUAGUGGGCAGCCAUUUCUCUUCUCCAUUGUUAUUUUCCUAAUGCCACCUAUCAACAACUUGUUAUAUUUUUUGGUGAA